AGGGAUCUUUUCCUAUGAGCCAACGUAGUUUCCCACCCUCUUUCUGGAACAGCACUUACCAACCUUCUUCUGUGCCUGCCUCUUUGGGCAGCUCACUGGCAACUGCUGCCCACAGUGAACUGCCCUUUGCUACAGCGGACCCUUAUUCUCCGGGCUCACUGCACAGCCACCUUCAUCAGGGGCCUCCGGAGCCUUGGCACCCAGCUCACCAUCAUCACCACCACCACCACCACCCGUACAUUGGUACACAGAGCUCUGCUUACCCUCGGCCCGCCACAGUGCAUGAGGUCUACAGCCCACAUUUUGACCCUCGCUAUGGUUCGCUGCUGGUGCCUGCUGCUUCCGUGCGUCCCCACCGCCUCACUCCUGCCUCGGUGCCCACCCCAGUCAGCCCUCAGUGUGAGCUAGGCAAGAAUGAGCCUGCCACAUCAUCAUGGACAACGCCAGCUCCUUUUGCUGGUCCUGCAGGAGAGAUGGCGCAGAGCUUAGGGCUGAAUGUAGAGACAGGUUUGCAAUCUCAGGAUAAAAGCAAAGAUCUCUACUGGUUUUAGAUCUGCCUUCCCAUCGUGA